CCUGGCAGCACCCUUAGGUGACAGGUCCCACAUUGUUCAUAUCAAUGCUUAACUAGAAGGCCUGAGGCUCAGGCCUGGUCCUUCUUGUCUGUGUGCCUUAAACUCUGAGACAGUAAUGGUGCAUACAUUUCUACUGAUUCUCAUUGUGCUCUUUCCAUAUUUGUCUCUCUUUCUCAUUCUCUGAGUCUGUUUACUUUGCUUUUCUUGUGGGUGUGUCCCAGUUUGUGUGUCUGUGUGUGCAUAGGUCUGCAUGCAUAUGCACAACUUUUAUAUGUUUCUGUGUCCCUCCACCCUUGGAAUUUAGGGGUCUGUUUUUUGACCUCAGGAUAUACCUGUAUAAUAGUUUCAUGGAGGUGCAAGUGCUUUAUUUUGGAAGCCCCACUUUCAACAGCACAGUUCUUUGCCUGUGUGGUCACAUUUGUCUAUACAUUUGUAUGCCUUGGGAAGACUAUAAGUUUGUGGCAAUAUCUGGUCUCAUCUCCAGAAUUAUGUGUAGUGUCUGCCUCUAGAAUAUUAGUUAUUCGGCUUGUAGCAUUCCACUUGUCAAAACAGGAAAAAUGAAAUCAGAGGUUUCUGGAUGUGUCUGUGUGUGUGUGUGUGUGUGUGUGUGUGUGUGUGUGUGUGUGUGUUUGGGUAAGCUCUGUGGCCUAGGCUCUUGACAGCAUAACAGGUUUGAAUGUAGAUCCAGCCCUCCUGAUUGAAAAAAGUGAGCCAGGGAACCCUUUAUCUGGGUGCUUAGCUUCUGUUGUCCUGGGCACACAAUUCCAAGUUUCUGAAGCUGAAGAAGAUCCAAAUAUGUAGAAUUCAGAAAGUUUCCUUCCAGGGCUGGGGUAGUACAGGACACAGCCUGAGUUCAUAUAAUCCUAAACCUCAAUGUUCAUUGGGUUCUAUCUUCCUGGGGCCAGCCCCUACUUCAGGCCAAAUCCAUUUUAUGAAAACUUGAAGAUAAAGGAGAAAGAGGUCAUGUCAUUACUGCACAACUUAGACACAAAGAACAUUGAACAUUGUGAGAAAUUUCAGGAGCUCAAGAAGGAGAUUCACUUCUAUCGCAACCUGCACAGCCGGCUCCUGAUGGACCAGGCAUGUAUGAAGAAGAAGUUGGUCACAUUGAAGCAGGAGAGCAAGGAGUUACAGCGAUAUUUGUUUGAGUUGAACCCGAAUAAUGAAGACGAACAGGAGAAGACCAGCAACCUCCAGACCCAGCAAAAUGUGGUCUCAGAAACUGCAGGAGACAUGGAAUAGGACGGAUCCCAGGAAGACAGCCCCCUGAAGAGUGAGUUUCUCUGUCAGGAGUUCCCUGCUGACGACAAUCCUCAACAGUCAAAGACUUUUUGUGGGUGAAUAUUCUUCUUCUCAGUUAAUUUCCUCAAUGUUUAGAGACCCUAAAUUUAUGUAUCCGUAUGCCAGCCUGUCUCCUUGAGGUCUUUCUCCUCUCUCAUACCGACAACACCAUUUGAGAGACAUCUGACGGGACUGCCUUGACAUCUCAUGUCCUAGAGGAGAAACAGCACUACAACUGUGUUUCUAAAUGUUCAUUAAGAAAAUGCUGUUAAGAAAUGUUUUUGGUUAUGAUUUUCAUUGAAGUUUUCUUUUUGUUAUUUCAUAGUUAUAUAUUCUUGUUACUGUUUUUCAUUUUUAUACCAUUUUAGUUGUUCAUUUUAUGCCUGUUUUUUGUAAAUUGUAUUCCUUAUGAAUAAAAAUUGAUUUGUAACUCUUGACUCUUAAGACCAUCUUAUUCAAGUGUCCUUUCCCCUCCUGUAGACUUAGAACUGACAGCUGGAUAUGGAUCUUUGCAUGGUCC